GAGACUCUUCUCCUUAGGAUCCCCUACUUCCUCUCAGGGCCUUUGGACCCAUCUUCUUUUGAAGACUUCGGUUUCAUCUAACGUUUUUCAAAACGUCCCACAAAACAAGAAGGCUCACAAGAAGGGCUCUGCUUUGCCGAAAGGAGAUGGAGCAAAUGUCUCCCAGGCUGAGAGCCUUCCUUUCAGAGCCCAUUGGUGAAAAGGAUGUUGCCUGGGUGGAUGGUAUCAGCCGAGAGCUGGCCAUCAAUUUGGUCACCAAAGGUUUUAACAAGGCCUACAUCCUGCUGGGCCAGUUCCUUCUAAUGCACAAGAAUGAAGCUGAGUUUCAAAAAUGGCUUAUCUGCUGCUGUGGUGCCACUGAGUGUGAGGCCCAGGAGAGCUCUAAGUGUCUGAAGGAAUGGUGCACCUGCUUCCUGUAG